AUGUUCCACACUGGCAAGUUGGACCUCGGCGAAAACUCGUCUAGUGGCUCUGACUUGUGUUUCCCUACAAUAGACCUCAAUGACAUUCACACUGAUCCAACUCGGAGAUUGGAAGUCAUUGGCCAGAUUCAAAGAGCCUGCAAUGAGUGGGGAUUUUUUCAAGUGAUUAAUCAUGAAAUCCCCAUCUAUGUCUUGGAUGAAAUGAUCGAAGAAAUUCGUUCAUUUCAUGAACAAGAAGCUUCUGAGAGAAGAGUGUAUUAUAAUAGAGAUUUUAAGAAAAAUGUUAGGUAUUACUCCAAUGCAACCCUAUUCAGUGGACAACCUGCAAAUUGGAGAGAUACAAUUGCAUAUUCUGCUGCUCCAGUUCCCUUCAAACCAGAGGAUCUACCUCCCAUAUGCAGGGAUAUAAUGAUACAAUAUUCUCAGAAAGUUAAUGACAUGGGAUUGAAAAUAUUUGAGCUAUUGUCUGAGGCGCUAGGGCUGGAUGAAAUGAUCGAAGGAAUUCAUUCAUUUCAUGAACAAGAAGCUUAUGAGAGAAGAGAUUCGUUCCUAGUAUUGCUUUUGACAAUUCAAAAGCAGGAGUGA